AUGGGGGAGAAAGACUUUCUGCAAGAUCUCAAACUUUCUCCAAAUGUUGGUUACAUAACAUAUGGCAACAACUCCAACUCUCCAAUUCGUGGUUAUGGAAUCCUCACCAAUGGAAACUUCUCUAUUUCAAAUGUAGCCUACAUAGCUAACCUGAAGCACAAUCUGAUAAGUGUUGCUCAACUCACUAACUCAAAUCGACAUGUUGAAUUUUGCAAGAAACAUAGCUACGUAAUGUUUGAAGAUAGAAAAGAAUGCUUGAUUAAGUCCAUUCGCAACAAGAACAUGUAUCCGCUUGACAUCAACAUGAUCAUUGGCAAACCUCAAUUGUGUCUUCUUUCAAAAGCUAUUCCUGACGUCUACUAG